AUGUCACCAUACCAACUUGUCUACGGAAAACCAUGUCACUUGCCUUUAGAGCUUGAACACAAGGCAUCUUGGGCAACUAAAUUCUUGAACAUGGACUUGUCUCUAGCAGGAAAUUCUAGAAUCUUACAGUUGCAUGAAUUAGAAGAGUUCCGGAAUCGUGCGUACGAAAAUGCCAAGGUUUACAAGGAACAGACCAAGAAGUGGCACGAUAGGAGGAUUCAGAAAAAAGAGUUUUGGGAAGGACAGCUGGUCCUUCUGUACAAUUCCCGUUUGAAGCUUUUUCCGGGAAAAUUGAGAUCCAAAUGGUCGGGACCAUUUAUGGUUCAUAAGGUAUUCCCUUACGGUGCAGUUGAAAUCAAGAAUCAAGCUAAUGGAGACAUCUUUAAAGUUAAUGGGCAAAGAUUAAAGCCAUAUUUCCAAGGUCAACCAGUUGGACAGGUUGAUGUCAUUCGUCUUGCUUAG